CCAGCGGAGAAACUGUCAAAACACGCAACCAAAUCAGCCAUCAUCGCAUCGCAACUCAGCAGCGCAGCAGAGCUAGUGAAAACUGAAAAGUCGAAAACGAAAAAAAAUUCAAUCGCCUCUCGAAUCGGACGGAAGAAAAAGGUGUGUGUUACGGACGGACGGGGCCAAAAAGCUCAUCGUCGGGUCGCGCGGAUCGAAGUGCAGUGCAGCGUUUUGUGGUGAAGUGAAACAUCGGAAUUAACAAAUUGAGGAAGAACAGUAAUAAUUUCUUGUGUGUCGGUCGGGUCGAAUCGUUGCGUACCCCCAUUGAUAUCCAUCCGUCUGGGUGGGGGAGGAAGUCGAUUGAGCAGCUAUAGCAAUAAUUAUUAUUGCUUCUUGGCUUAGUGGUGCCUCCGUGGCCAACGCGCACUGGAGUGUGGGAUUGUUCUUGGUGGUGAGGUCGAAAAUAUUUAGGCCACCAACUGUGUUAGUGGAGUGUCUCGGGGAGUGGGCCCCAUUGCUAGGGGAGGUGCCAAAGGAAUUCUCCAGACGGAAGACGCAGAAAAAGAGGUGACGACAGUGCUACUUUAGUGCUUUUGCUGGAAAUAGUGAGAGGGAAGCAGGGAAAGGGAACAACGAAAACGUCAGAAUCCGAUAAACUGCUUCUUCAGGUAUCGUCGUCGUCGUCGUCGUCGGCAGGCUGGAGGCGAGUCGCGGCUGGCGGAGGACAGGCAGCGAACAAUGUUGACAGAAUGGCCCACCAGGCAACAACCAGUUUACUGAGCUCGGGAAUCUCGCGCCGCAAUCCGGAGGACGAGUACGAGCUGAUCCACAAGAUUGGCUCCGGGACGUACGGCGAUGUGUACAAGGCCAAGAAGCUCCAAUCCAACGAACUAGCGGCCAUCAAGGUGAUCAAGCUCGAGCCGGGCGAUGACAUCCAGAUCAUCCAGCAGGAGAUUGUGAUGAUGCGCGACUGUCGCCAUCCGAACAUCAUCUCUUACUACGGGUCGUAUCUGCGGCACGACAAGCUAUGGAUCUGCAUGGAGUACUGCGGCGGUGGAAGUUUGCAGGACAUCUACCAGGUGACGGGCCCACUUACCGAGGUGCAGAUUGCGUACAUGUGCCGGGAGACGUUGCUCGGGUUGUCCUAUCUGCACUCGAUGGGUAAAAUCCAUCGGGACAUCAAGGGGGCAAACAUCCUGCUGACCGAGAAGGGCGACGUCAAGCUGGCGGAUUUCGGCGUGUCGGCCCAGAUUACGGCGACCAUCAACAAGCGGCGGAGUUUUAUCGGAACUCCCUAUUGGAUGGCGCCCGAGGUGGCUGCUGUGGAGCGAAAAGGUGGAUACAAUCACCUCUGUGAUAUCUGGGCCUGCGGAAUUACUGCUAUCGAGCUGGCCGAGCUGCAGCCGCCGAUGUUCGACCUGCACCCGAUGCGGGCCCUGUUCCUGAUGUCCAAGAGCGGGUUCAAACCACCCACGCUUAAGGACAAGGACCGGUGGAGUCCGAAUUUUCACUCGUUCCUCAAGGUGGCGCUAACGAAGAACCCCAAGAAACGACCGACGGCCGAACGGUUACUGCAGCAUGCCUUUUUCCAGUCGGAGAUGUCCAUCCGGUUGGCGAUGGAACUGCUGCAGAAGUACCACAGCCCGCAUCAAAGCUACUUCUACCAUGAGGAGGAAGAAGGGGCUGUUGCAAUUGGACCACAAAGAAUUACGAGCAAAAUGCAUUCCCCUAGUCCGGUGUAUAUGUGUAAACCAAUCAUGGAGAAUGAUCGAUCAUCUAGUCCUGAAACUCUACCUAGUGAUAUGAGUCUAUUGCAUUAUAUAGACGAGGAGUUAAAGUUAAGGCGAACGCUACCGCUAUCGAACAAUCCAAACGACUCGCUGACCGGUGGCGGCGAUUGUUCCUGCUCCGGGGACAACAGCUACGACAAUAACGGAGCACGGGACGAUUCCACGCUAAGCUACGCGGAUCUCGAUCUGAGCGCACGGUUUGAGAAGCUGAAUGCGGUAUGGCAUUUUUUUCUGGGAAAUACUUUGAGGAUGUGUGUUAUGAAAAGUUUUCUAUUUCAGCAGCAAAAUGGAACGAGUGACGAUGAUAGUCAGACUAAGCGGCGAUCGAUGGAUCAGUUGACGGGAUUGUUCAACGAUCUGGAGAAGUCUUCCAGACAGCGAAGUUUGAGCGACGGAGACGGUGGUAAUGAAAAUGAUACCCAACCGGAUCUGCUGAACAACACUCCUCCGGUGCCGCCGAAGCGGAGUCACCGCAGCCGGCGGCACACGCCUCCCCGGCCCGUCUCGAACGGACUGCCACCGACGCCAAAAGUUCACAUGGGUGCCUGCUUUUCCAAGAUCUUCAACGACUGUCCGCUGCACAUCCACUGUACGACGUCGUGGAUCCAUCCGGAGACCCGGGAUCAGCAUCUGCUGAUCGGUGCCGACGAGGGCAUCUUCAACCUGAACAUGAACGAACUGCACGACGCCGCCAUCGAGCAGCUGUACCCGCGGCGGACGGUUUGGCUGUACGUGAUCAAGGACAUCUUGAUGUCGCUGUCGGGGAAAACCUCGCAGCUGUACCGGCACGAUCUGCUGGCGCUACAUUCCAAGCAAACGCACCGCUUCUCGCUGCAUAUGAAGAAGAUUCCGGAGAAGCUGGUCCCGCGGAAGUUUGCCCUCACGACCAAAGUGCCGGACACCAAAGGUUGUACGCAGUGCUGCGUGACGCGGAAUCCCUACAACGGGUACAAGUAUUUGUGCGGUUCGCUGCCGAGUGGGAUCUUCCUGAUGCAGUGGUACGACCCGUUGAACAAGUUCAUGCUGCUCAAGCAGUGCGACUGGCCGUCCGGAAACCUGCAGUAUUACGGUGUGAACUCGAACGUGUUCGAGAUGAUCAUCACCCCGGAGCUGGAAUAUCCGAUCGUGUGCGUGAACGUGCGGAAGGGGCCGAACGAUAGCUUGAAGCUGGAUUUGAUCAACACCAACAACACUUCCAGUUGGUUCAAUUCCAACGCGGAAGAGAUGGACGGCAUGGCCACGGUGAUCAACCGAAGGGACACCUUACGACCAAUCAAAGUGCAUCAGAUCGAACGAGACGCAAUUCUAGUGUGUUACGAUAAUGUCGUACAAAUAGUCGAUGUUGUAGGAUUUCCCAAACAGAGCAAAAAGUAUAUUUCUCGGCUGGAGUUUAGUUUUAAUAUCGAUAGUAUAGUUUGUCUUACCGAUAGUGUGUUAGCGUUUCACAAAAAUGGCAUGCAGGGCAGAUCGCUACGAAAUGGUGAGAUUACCCAAGAGAUUACCGACAUCAGUCGGAUAUACGAGCUGAUCGGAAGUGAUAGCCGAAUUGUGAUGCUGCAGAGCCGUAUCCUGCGGCCGGCGGAAUCGAUGGAGGGAUCCAGCGAGGAGGGCCACGACCUGUAUUUGGUUGCCGGUCACGAGGCCAGUUACUAGGAAGCAGCAGAUUAUUUCAGUCAGGCAGGCAACACCAGCACCCAGCUGGAGGAAAAGGUACGUACCGUUACGCAACUAUAUAGGGUAACAAUACAAUUGCAGCGUGAAAACAAAAACUAGCAGAAUGUAUUUAGUAGAAAGUGAGCAAAAAAUUAUAAGAGUGACGGUGAAA